CUCUAGUUUACCACUAGGUGUCGCGGCGAGCGGACGUAUUUUUCUUGUGAGAUUUAAAGAAGUAAAACGUAAUAUGAACCCAGAAGUACAUUGUGAGACGGAUUAUAACGAGUGAAUUUGAAUUUAGUUCCGUAAAGUCACUGUUACCUGUGGACUCGAGGGUAUAAAACUUUUAAAAAGUUUUGCUGUUUUUAGUGAAGUGUAGUGAUUUUGUAUUACUGUUAAAUGUGAAAUAAAGUUUCUGUUUGUUUGUCAAGAUAAUGCAUCAAUGCCAUCCAACUGUGGACUUAAGACAAUGUACUUAGCAUGGCGUUAAGAGGACAGGCAGAGAUGCAAGCUCGACUGUUGGGCUAUCGUCUCAAGAUCGGACUCCUCAUCAUCAUCAUUAUGAUUCUUGGAUACUUCAAUGAAAGCCACGGGUCAGCGCAUUAUGGUGAGGACAGCGUGGGCUCAUUUCCAUACUUCGAGUAUAAUGUGCCGCGAAAUGUUACCACCGUUGUCGGUCAGACCGCCUUCCUGCAUUGUAGGGUUGAACAACUCGGCGAUAAAGCGGUGUCAUGGAUAAGAAAAAGGGAUCUUCACAUUUUAACAGCUGGAAUUUUGACAUACACAUCAGAUCAGAGGUUCCAGGUCAUAAGGCCAGAUAAGUCUGAGAACUGGACUCUUCAAAUCAAAUUUCCUCAGGAAAGAGACGCUGGCAUCUACGAAUGCCAAGUAAAUACGGAACCGAAGAUGUCUCUGGCAUUUCAAUUAAAUGUUGUCGAGGCCAAAGCAAAAGUUUUGGGUCCAGCAGACUUAUACGUCAAGACGGGCAGUUUGUUGUCAUUAACUUGUAUCUUGAGUCAAGGACCGCACGAUUUAGGCACCAUAUUUUGGUAUAAGGGAUCAAAAUUAAUAGAAUACAAAGAAUUAGAAGCAAACGAAGUGGAAGAGCAAAGGAUUAGGCUCAAAACGGAAUGGACAGAACAACUGUCGUCACGGUUAACUAUCGACAAGUUACAACCGACGGACAGCGGAAAUUACAGCUGCGUUCCCACAAUGGCUGAAACUGCCUCCGUCAAUGUACACGUCAUAAACGGUGAACAUCCAGCUGCGAUGCAACACGGAAACACAAACACAGCAUCUCCUUGUGCGCUGUCGGUUAAUCUUCUCAUCUCACUGUAUUGUUCCCUCGCUACCUUAUACACAAGCACCGUUGACGGACUUAGAUGAAAGUUAAAAAGACUCUUAUAUAAAAUAUAAAUAAUUUUCCACUUAAUUUAAUGUGAAUUAUAUUUGUCACUUUCUAUCGUAAGAUAUAAGAAAUGGAUAGAUAUAUUUGAUGGACAUGUUUGUAGGUAAUAACACGGUAUUAUUUAUUAUAUAAUGUCAUCACUGUUUUCCCAUUCCAAGGACUCGACGUAUUGAAAUGAAUUAACAUAUUUAGUUCAAUAUCAUACAUAAAUAUUAAGGAAUAUUCUUAUAAACUAAACAAUUUAGAGAAAAAGGCAUUAAUAUCAAAUGGUGUAGUUAUAAAUUUUUAACAAAUAUUUAUUUUACUUGCUUUAUCCUAUUAUUUACAAUGUUUUGAUUGCAAUGAUUCUACUGCGGUGUAAAAAUUCUAAGAUUUCCAACUGUAUUACAUUGAUAAAAUUAUGUUAUCUCUAUAUCAUUUAAUCCUUAAGAAAUGCUUAUUGUCAUACUUUUACGUAAGAGAGUAAGUUUAGUUCAUUUCUUUUAUAUUCUUAUAUUAAAUUACAAUAAAAUUGAACACAGGGGGAUUGGUUUGAAAUCAAAAUGAGCCCUGGGCCAUACAAGAUGUUUAAUUUCGUGCAACGAGAUUUUGCCGAAAGAAAAAAAAUGAGUUAAAAAUGAUAGCUAUAUUAGAUAUAGAUUCUAUUAGAUUUUCUUUAUUUCAAACUUAUCAGACUGAAUAGGAGAGAUAAGAAAAAUACAUCUGAGGUUUAAAACAAUCUGAGAUUAUUUAUGUAGGGAAUCGUAAUUUAGGAGAAAAAUGUAUAGUAAUAUGAAAAUAUAUUUCUCUUUUAACAAAUGAUGUGGAUUUCAUAAAAGAGACCAAAUAAAUUACUUAAAUCACAUUUAUUAAACGAAAUAAAGUUGUUAUUGAUGACCCUAAAUGAAUAAAGAAAAGAAAUAUGUAUGAAAUGUUAUGGGAUUUUGGACUUUAACUUCUUCGUCAAUACGUCAUAUUUCCAGUAAUGUUUCAGUAACACAGCUACACGUCUUUAAUUCAGCUGUUGUAACUAAUUUUAGACUGUAAAUAUAUUACAAGAAACGAAAUAGCUAAGACUGUUUUGAAAAAAAUCUUACAUUUAUGAAUACAUCAGCUAUAUGUAGAUGCAUUUUAGGAAUUAUUUUAGAUGACCUCAACACCUUGUAAAAUAUCAACAACUCCUUUUAAAUUCCAGGAGUUCAUAAAAGCUUUGGAAAUUUGAAAAGUAUUUUUAUCUCUCUUUUAAACAUUUUUUUUAGACAAUAUAAAAAUGUAACUCCACUUGCCCCUUCAGAAAGAUUGAAGUGUUAACUGAGAAAGAAGACUCAUUAAAAUCUGUAUCAUAUUUAGUGAGGUCAAGAAUAAUUAUCUGCUUUACUUAACUGGAUUUGAUUCCAACUGUCGACACUAGCGAAUAUAGAAAUAAUCACUUUAAAUCAGACCAAUUAAUAUACAUAUAUAAGAAAUAUAUGUCAUAUGUUUUAAUUUAUCACAUGUUUCGUAAUUAAAAAUAGAAUACAAUUAUUUAGGUAUGCUGUUGCAACUUCAGAGAUAUUAUUUAAGUAACGCUCUAGUAAAUCUCGAAUUUCUUUAAAAUUAUAACUAAUCGUCAAUUUCGAUAUCACUUUACUAUCUGACAAGAUUUGAUAUAAUUUAAAAUAUUACAAUAAAAAGCAAUAAAAUUAUUUAAAAAGAACAUGUUUAUUGUUGUUAAUAUACUGUAAAUAUAUAUCGAAGUAUAAUCACAGAGCAGUAAUCCCUUAGUAAGAGUAUCAUAGUAGAUAAAAACCAAAGCAUCGACCUUAAAUUCGAAAGAAACAUCGUCACUAAUUAAAAAACAUUCUUAACGUCACAGAAAUUGAAUGAUAAUUACACUCAAAAUGAUUUCAAGAUAGUUGAAAUCUUUUUUUAUUCAAGAAAAUAAUACUUAAGAUAGUUUAUGUAUGGAUAUAUAUAAAUAUUCAUAAACGAAAAACACAGAAACUGUCUGUAUUUAUUUUGAUUUCAAACUCGUACUUAGGUGCUGAAUGAAAUGACCCAAAAUAAUAGUUUCCUUUUGCUGUAACACUCAUUCUAGGUGCACAAUUUAAAAUAGCACCAAUAGUAGUUAAUCUGCUAGAACUAUAUAUUAAAUAAGAUGUAAAUAUAAUGUAAAUAGUUUUUCAACAUCGAUAAAGUCGAUCGUAUUCGUUUUUUUAUCGAUAAAAUUAAUAUAGAAAAGAUUAUGUAACAAAUAGUUUUAAGAAAAAACUUUGACAAAUAAACAUAGCAAACUUUAA